GACGAAGCGAUACACACCUCCGCCAUCAGGGGGCGCCCCGGGCGUUCCGUUGUGCGCGACCGUUUGAUGGCGUUGCCGGGCAACGCCGCCGCGUCAACAAACAGUGGCGGUGCAGGCUCGCGGCCACGUGGGCGCCGUGGUCAGUUGGUUGGGGGCAAGCGCGCGCGGCAGCCGCCCGUCGGCAGUUGGGGCUCGGGCCGGGUCCAUGGGGAACGUCGGCGCCAGUGGGCGCGUUACUGCCAUUUCGCUCAAACCCGAGGGCAAGCAGCGGGUUGCCAACUGUGCCACGCUGCGACAACCACACAGCAUAGCACAGACUAACAAUAUUGUGAAGGAAACUUCCAAUGACAUUAAUGAUAUGAUAAAAGGUUUGAACUUCUCGCAGAUUGGUUCUGUCGUAGAAACAUCAGAAAUUGAAAGCAGACUUCAAGAGGCAGAGGAAAAAGCAAGAAUAUUUGCAACAAAUCUGGCUGAAAUGGAAAUGUGUAAAAUAGAGCUCAGUGACCAGGUCAUGUGGUUGGAAGAACAGCUGGAGAGCAUGAGAAACAAAUUAAAGUCUGCAGGAUUAUAUGAAGAAACACUAAGUGCCAAGGACAAGUAUAUCAAGAGGUUAGAAGCAGAAAAUAAAUGUUCCAAUGCACAAUUGGUACAAUUAAAACAGAAGCACAAAAGAACCAUAAAAAAGUUGCAUGUUCAGUUGGCACAAGUCAAGCAAGAUUCAGCAAUAAGUGUCAUCAAAGCAAAAGAGAAAAUACAAACAUUGGAGAAUGAAAUUCAAAUCAUCAAGGAGCAAACAUCCAGCAAUAGACAUUACAAAGAGGAUUUCAGAAGUCAUGACACUGAAACACACAGACUUAGCAUUGCAGAGGAGAGUCGAAUGCGUCUUGUCCUUGAACUGUCUACACAAUUAUCACAGCAGCAAGAAAAUAUAUUUCUUCUAGAAAAGACUUUGGAAGAGAAAGACCGACAGGUGACUGGACUUGCAACACAACUGUUCACUCAACCAGCUGGUGGAGCUUCAGUGCACCUAUUAUUGCAGCCUAAUUUACCAGCACUACUCAACAAUAACACCUGCACAACAGAGUAUGAUCAAAGGUUAGGAGCAGUGCCAAUUUUAGCGGAUAACUUGACCUUAAAUAGGUUUUAUAAUGACCAAAAGGAACAAGGCUAAUCCCAUCUCGAGAUGUAAAGAGGUUGCAGACACCAACUGGAAACUGUCACAGCAGUGUAUUUGAAGACCAGUUGAGCAAUUUUGCUGCUUUCUUUAUGCCCGUUCAGAGCAGGAUAUCCGGGACAGCAGACGAGACUGGUGUUGUGGGAAAAGUAAAUAAUAUGAACAAAAAUUGAUUUCUAGUUCAAAGUUGUGAAGGCAUCCUGCAUAAAUCUGGGAACCAAUGCUCCACUAGCCUUCUAGUGCUAUAGGAGCUAUAGUACAGUUAACUUUCAGCAUGUCAUGCAUAUUCAUUUUUAGAGCCACUUUUUAAUGCAACUGUAAUAACAGUAUUCUGGAGCCUGUUAUUUAUCUCCCUUGGAGAAAGUCUAAGCACAACUUUAUCAUAUAAUUAUUAAAACAAUUAAAUGCAUUUUAUUUUAUUUAACUUACUAUUAAAAAUCAAUACUUAAACUUAAGUCUAGAUUCACUCUGCACAAUUACAAAAAUAGGCAAACAUCGUGGAAGUUUAAGUUUCAUGAUUGUGGUGGGUUUUAUUUAGAUUUAUUACUACUGGCCUUUUGAUUACUGACAUGAUUACAAUUUUGAGCACCUUAUGGUUUGUUUUUCC